AUGCAGACUCUCGCUGCGUUCAAGCCCCCUCUUGCGAUGAAGCAGACGUCUGUAGAUCCGGCUCGGGCUUCAGUGAAGCACCUGCUCACCAGGGCAUACUCACUGCCGUGCUCGACGGCGACGCACGCAUUCAAUCAGCUCGUGCAGUCCACUUCUCGCUUUCAGGUUGCUUUGGAUGUAUUGUUACCGAUUCUAGACACUCCUGCUGAACUCACGCAACGCAUUCUCGUCUCAUAUUUAUUGUACUCACUAUAUGCACCACACCCGAUAUCCAUUAAUCCGUUCCAAUCAGCCUUGCAUGCAUCAUUCGUCAAGGAGCGCGACCUUGCCAUGAGAGUCGCCAGCGAGGGUGGCGUCAGCGAAAACGAACAACUUGUGUGGGUCUUAUGGAAGAUUUUGAAAGGAGAUGGAAGCGACAUUGGACCUUUCUCGCCUGCGACACUUACGCGGUCACCGCUGCCACCCAAACUCAGGGCGGCCAACUUGACUCUAGAAGAGGGACCCAUCUCGGAGCGCAACAAAUUUGAUCCUUUCGGCGAUGAUGAUCCCAGCCUAGUCUCACCGAUUACCACAGAACGCGAUCAAGAGAUGCAGAAGCUGUCAGAAGCCAUGACAUUGUUACUCGCCGCGCGCGAGCGAGUAUUAACGCUUUCUGAGCAGCGCAUAUUGCUGCCUGUAAUUCCGCGACUAACAUCGCCAUCCGUAAUAACCUCUGUGGAUCUGCCACCUUUAAUUGCCAACAAUCCCCCUCUGGCACAGCCACUCGUGGUGGCGCUGAUGUCGUCGGCCAGAACAGCUGGUCAAGGGUUGGAACUGUGUUUGGAUGUGCUCAGGCGCCUUCCUCCGACGCUGCCUUCGAUUGAUCUCCUGGGUCGUCUUCUUCGUGAUCCUACUACCGUUGAGGAUGUUGUUACAGGUGGCAAAACGACCAUUGCCGAUCUCGUGCGCACGGAAGUUUUGGGCUGGUUUAUUCACAACUGUAUCUCCUGGCUGGACAAGGCCGAGCAAGACGAGCGCGAGGGCAACAUAAGCGAUGACCGAUUCGCGAAAGGUGUGCAGAACCUCUGUCGAUUCUAUAACUCACUCAUCAAAUUUUCGGUUGUCGAUCCCACAUCUGACGCUGACUCGGCCGAGAUGGCACAUUUCACACUGCGCAAUGCGCGUUUUGAAGAGGCUAAUGCGCUAUACCGGGUCUUGGUUAUGGGCAAGUUCUGA